GGAAGAGGGUGAUUCAUUGUUUUGAAAAUGAUGGAAAGCGCCACUCUACAUAGCAACUACGGUCAAAGUUGGAAUUGCCACAAAACGAACUUCAAGAUAUUCUACACUCUACUGCCAAAUGUGUCACGUUUCAUGUGUCAGGUGGAAGAAUGUCUCCUACCGUGGAGGAAGAACUGGGGCCACACCAGGCAGAAGUCUCCCCCGGCCGACAAGACCAGUCCUCCCGCCACACCUGCACCGCCGUUCCGACUCAGCACGGCGGCGGCCAGCAGGAGCGCCGGCGCUGACUUGACACACGCCAGCAGGACGGAGGGCGGCUGCGAGUGGGGCGUGGACAGGUAGAAGAAGGCGGCAGAGGCCAACAGGAACGGGGAGAAGGAGAGGAGCACAGCACAGGACUGAAAGAGAGGGUUAGGACUUCUUGGGAUCCUACAGCGUCGUCCUCACUGACCUGGAACAAAUGUCUCCUCCGGUCCUCGUCAGAGCCAAAGCUGAACUUUAGACCGAGCCUCCUUGUCUGAUUGCACUCUGAUCACCAAGCCCACUCCUGCCAAGACUUAUCGGGGACGAGGAGACGACCUUUCACCUCUCUGGAGGGACCACGCCGGGGACAGCAACUUGUGGGUCCCAGUCUGCGUUCCUGGUGUAAUCAUCACAACGCCCCCGACAUCGCGACAAAAUGGCAACGCCGCCGUCUUCUCGCCGCAUCGGCGUUGUCGGCUUCGGACAUCUCGGGCAGUACUUGGUGGAACGGAUCCUUCGAGACGGGGACUCGGCGGGCUUGACUCUGGCCUUCGUUUGGAACCGGAACCCCACAAAGCUCCGAGGUUUGGUUCCGGAUGAGCUGGUACUUGCGGACCUGUCGUCUUUCCCAGACAGGUCAUGUGACCUCAUCGUAGAGGUGUGCCAUCCUCAGGUGGUCAAAGAAUUUGGGCUCCACUUCCUGUCUGGCUCUCAUUUGAUGGUGGGUUCUCCCUCAGCCCUCGCCGAUCAUCAGCUGAAUGAGAAACUCCGCCAGGCGGCUCAGCAAUCUGGGAGAACGCUCUACGUCCCCAGUGGUGCAUUGUGGGCCGGUCAGGACAUCCAGAGGCUGAACGACAGCCAGGCCUUAAAGGAUUUGUUUAUAAGAAUGUCCAAACAUCCGUCCUGCUUCCGGCUGGCAGGAGACGUCCCGUCUGAGUGGACCGAAGACGAGGGCAGGCGGGUUUUGUUCAGUGGCUCGGUAGCCGAGCUGUGCCCCCUGGCGCCCAACAACGUCAACACCAUGGCGGCGGCGGCGGUGGCUGCUGGGAACCUGGGCUUCCACGGUGUCCGAGGGGAGAUCGUGUCCGACACGGCGUUGAGCGACUAUCAUGUAGUGGAAGUGGAGGUGACGGGCCCGGACGGAUUCUCUGUGCGCACAGUGAGGAGGAAUCCAGCCCGACUUGGUGCUGUAACCGGUAGUGCGACAUACAACUCGUUUUGGAGCAGUCUACUUGUUUGCAAAGGUCACGGAGGAAGAGUUUACUUGUGCUGAAGCCAGGAAGGAAGAAGAAGAAGAUCCAGCAAGAAAAAGAGGACUGGAGGACAAGUGGGUGCCACUCAUUCUGGGCUGAGGACGCAAUAAACAACAUCAGUGUAGACACGCCAUCUUGUUUAUUACUUCAA